AUGUUUAUGAUCAAGAACGUCAGCAAAUAUCUCUUCGGGGACAGCUCCAAGGAAGUUAUUACAGAAAUCCCCCAGGGCCAACUCUACCUCGUCCGUCCUCUGUCCCCCAAAGGCUACUCUGAACUCAUCUACAAAGACGCUGUCGCUACUAUCCGACGGACUGGGCAGGAAUAUCAAUACCAGCUUGUUGUACAGCGCGCGUACGAGGAGGGGGAAGAAGAACUUGCUGAGGACGACGAGGACGAAGGCGCCGAGGGUCUAGACAAGGAUGAGAAGACCUUUCUCCUUGAUCAGAGUCUUCAUUUUCGAUCAGAGAGGCGGUCAGGUGGUGAAACAGUCUUAGCCUGGCGUGACUUGAGCGGCGACCCUGGAGACCUUUAUGAGUUUGUAUGCGACGCUUCAGUCCAGGAAGAAAAGAUUCAGACAUUUCUUCUAGCUGCGAUCGACUGCCAAUUCGAAAGAAAAUACCGGAGAUCCGCUCAGAGGGCUACAGAGGCUGAGCUACAAGAAUUCUACUUCGACUCGGACGACGCAAUCCCGGCUGCGAGUUCAGUAUCUGCGCCUCUCGACCCCAAACCCACCUCCAAGGAAACAGCAGAGAGAAUGGCGAAGGAUGUCAGAACACCUACCAAAUCAAACCAGGGGAAGUCGAGAGACUCCGCUCCGACGGAGGCCCCCGUCGCAAAAUCGGCUCCGCGGUCUGGAGAAGUCCUCACUAAGCAAAUCGGGGAGCUACAUCUCUUUGACUUCACGUCAGGAACUUUCGUUCUUCAAGAUCCGUCCGUUGUGGCUGUUGUGACAGAUCUUGGUGGCUGGCAAUACUGGCUUCAAAUCACCAGUUCCAAUGGCAGGGAAUGGCUCGGCCAAGCUAUAGUACCUGACAUCAAUCCGGUAUUCAAUUUCGACUACCUGUCUGCAAUCUUCAACCACUACACUGAUGAUGGCUCCGCGUAUUCCUGGCUGCUACGGUUUAAGGAUCAGGCCGUCUUGGAGAACUUUCAAGAGGGUGUCAUGCAGGCGUUGUGGGAACAAUUGAACGAGACGAAGUGGGCCAAAGUGAAAGACCAAGAUCGUGAAUACGUCUUGGAAGCCUUCAAUGACAUGACUAUGAAUGAUGCGAAUGAAGCCGAAGAGGAAGUCGAAGAAGAAGAAGAUGAGGAGGAAGAGCAAGGAGAGCGUCCACGAAGUGAGCACUAUGAUGAGGACGAAUCUGAGGAGGACGUCGAACUGGACAACCAAGAUGGAAACGUCAACUCCCAACUCGCUGUUGGAACCAAGAACGAUCGAUCCUUCGUAAUUCGCGGCUCUAAGAUUGGUGUCUUCAAACAUUUGCCCAACAAACAUCUCGAGUUCACCACGAACAUAUCUAAGGUCGAGACACCCAAGGGCAAACUCUUCUCCCCCACCAAGGUCAUGCUGCACCAAGAGGACCAGAACAUGGUGUUGCAAGACCCUAACAACCCCCAUUCGCUCUAUCGCAUGGAUCUCGAAUAUGGCAAGGUUGUCGAUGAGUGGAAAAUCCACGACGACAUUGCUGUAAGCAAUUUUGCCCCGGAAACGAAGUUCUCUCAACGGACGGCAGCACAAUCAUUUAUUGGUCACAGCAAGAAUGCCCUCUUCCGCAUCGAUCCCCGUGUCUCGGGCAACAAGUUGGUCGAAGCACAGCUCAAACAAUACCUUUCUAAAAACGACUUUUCCGCAGCUGCCACGACCGAGAAGGGUUACAUUGCGUUAGCAUCCAACAAGGGCGAUGUCCGACUGUACGACCGUCUCGGAAUCAAUGCCAAAACCCAAAUCCCGGCCCUGGGCGAGUCAAUUAUCGGCCUCGACGUCAGCGCCGAUGGUCGUUGGAUCCUCGGAACCUGCAGAACCUACCUCAUCCUGAUUGAUAACCUACAGAAGGAGGGCAAAAAUGAAGGCAAACUAGGAUUUGAGAAAGCCUUCGCAAAGGACUCGAAGCCUCAACCUCGCCGCCUCUGCCUGAAUCCAAACCAUGCAGCACAAUUCCAGCACGAAACAGGCCAACCUAUCUCAUUCACGCGCGCCCACUUCAACACCGGACUGGACAGCCAGGAGACUAGCAUCAUCACUUCCACGGGACCCUUCCUGGUCACCUGGUCGCUGAGGAAGGUCCUCGAGGGUAAGAGAGACCCUUAUCAGAUCAAGCGCUACGCGGCGGAAGUCAUGGCAGACAAUUUCGAAUUUGGUAGUGAUAAGAAUGUUAUCUUGGCACUGCCUAACGAAGUCGAUAUGGUGAGUCGCAAGAGCUUCAAGAAGCCUACCAGGGAGAGUAUUAUGGGUCCGGCAGCGAGGGUCUCUGGGGUCGGGAUGACCCCGAGGAGAAGUGGGAGGCAGAGCCAUUUGAGAGACGAGAUUGUGAACAGUCCUUACUAG